ACAGGCUUUUCCCCGCAGCACGCCGUGUAAUAAAUACUCACAAAGAAAACGGCGGCCCUUACAACUUAUGUCUAAAAAUGUAUAGUUUCAUACAUCGUCAGAAAUCCCUGUUUUACCACAUCGCGCGCGCGUGUGUGUGUGUGUGUGUGUGUGUGUGUGUGUGUGUUCUGAUUCACUGGAAAUGGAGACUUGGAAAACUUCUCAUCAGCAGUUAGACAUGAAUUCGCUGGAAAUUUUAUGGUUUGAUCUUUUUUUUUUUUUUUUUUUUUUAAGUAAUUAUUUUCUGCAACAUUGCAGAUAAAACACGUUUUUCUUUUUUUUCUUUUUUCUUUUUGAAGGGUGAAAAAAAAGAGGUUGAUAUACAGACAUGCAGUUUCUACAGGAGUAUAUACCAUCACUCUCUGAUAAGUUUACUUCGUAUGUUACAGCCGGCUCAUAAAGAAUAUGAAUUAAAUUUCAUUUCCAGCAUUCUCUCGGCUAGUGUUUGCACUUUUAGUAUUUUAAUUCUGGUGAUGGAACAUGGGCCACACACUUAGGUUGCAAAGGGGUGCAUAUGUGAUAUGUAAAAUCGAGUACUCAGCUAUGUAAUCUGCCUUUGUAAACUUUUAUGAGCGAAUGGGCUGUUCUAAAGAGCACACUGAAUUUGAGCAUGGUACUGAAAUAGGAUGCCACCAUUGAAACAAGUCAGUUUGUGAAAUCUAUUCCCUCGUAGGUAGUCCACGAUGAACCGCAAUGUAAGUGAUUGCAAACCAUGGCAACUCAGCCACCAAGUGGUAAACCACUAAAGUUAAGAGUGAGGUCUCCUGGUCGUAAGGCCCAUGGUGCAUAAAAACCACCAGCGUUCUGCUCACUUACUGUAAUAACUGCAGAGCUCCAAACCUCUUCUGACAUUAACACAAACGUAAAGGUAUUCUGUUGAUGUAAUCUGCAUGUGGUACCCUGAUUUUGUCCAUAUAAUGUAAAUUCUACAUGCCGUCAGUAAGAAAAGAUUCUGGACUGCUUUGUCAGUUGAAAACAAUAGAUAACGCUCCAAGUUUUUCAGAAAAUUAAAACAUCCUCGAUGACCACCACAUACGUGAGUAAAAUGUGAAUUUCACUCAUUUAGUGGUUGCUGGAGGUCGCAAGGAUUGUGCGUUGCCAUGAGGUUGUUGACCGGUCUCUAGGCCAGUGUAACAGGCCUUUCAGCAAAGUCAUGGUGUCUUUGAGUCUGCCGACCAAUCACAGGCUGUGCAGGCUGGUCUCAGUGACACUGCACAAAGUAAUGGUUAAUAUUUGCACAUUUGGUUAGAAUUGAAAUUCACCCACACUGUCCCAACUGUGAGGCAUCUACACAGACAUAGAUAUGUUGUGUCGGUUGUCCCUGAUCAUGUAAAUAUUUAUAGAUUCAUAUGACAUUACUGCAACCAAGGUUGCAAGGUUAUCAGAAUCCCUAAUCUCACAUUCUAUAAUUGACUUGUUUAAAAACAAGGUGUGACGAGGUUUAGGUUAAAUGUGGCAAACAAAAUGGUAAGAAUCUUAUAUUGUGACAGCCUUGCUUUCAAAGCUGACCAUGCUGUAUUUGCCAGCCUUCAAAUAGUUUGAAUUCCACUGCUUUUUGAAGUCAAGCUUUCAGGUUAAGUUGAAUGACCAUUUUGUCUUUUGGGUCCACUGGUAAGCACAGAGCUAAAGGUAGAUGGGUUUAAGAGCAUUAAAUUCAGUCAGAUUGUCACUAUUUUCUUUUCCAGUAGUAUCUGCUGACAGUAAAACAGACUCCAUUGUGGUACUGUUUAGAUAAUAAAUAUGAUAAUUGACCUACCUUGCUUUCAAAGAUGACUUGUGGAUGUGUGGUUUGGCCCUCAUAGAGUCUCAGUGGCCUUUUUUCUUUUUGAUGACGCAUGGAAGUUGUUCCUGGUUGCUUCAGGAUUAGCUGGGAUAAAAGGGCUACAUGCCACAAAUGCUGAACCUGGUGUGACACAAAUAACUUGACCCGCUCCAAGGCUUCACUGACUUUUACGUUGUUAGAUCGCUGUGUGGAAAGAACAGUCUGUAAGAUUUUUCUUUUUCUUUUCAAAAACGUGACAAGGACGAGGUGAUGGUCAAAAUAGAAAAUGUUGACAUAACUCAAGUGAAUACAUUGUUUAUUUCAGAUGCAUCUAAUUAAAAACACACUUUCUAAAUUUGUACUCGGAUUGUUUUUCCUUUUUAGGCCAACCUUUCCAAUAUACCCUGAAACAAAAGUUGGGGAAUUUACAUUUCUAUUGAGAGGAAAGAUGAAACUUUGUCUUUUUAAGUAUUUGGGUAAAAACAGUGUUUUUUAAGAGUUAGAUGGGCACAAAAUAGUUACCGUUAAAGUGAGAAAAGUUGGUUUAUGUUCCAUGUAUUCUCAUGCAAACUCAGGUAAGUGUGAAAGCGUUUUUACAUAUGUCACUGUACACUUCGCACUUUACACGUAUUAUGCAGCUUUGUGAAAAACUUAGUGCACCUUGUGAUUCAGUAGCUUUAAGAUCCACCUUUAGCAACAAUAACAUAAAGCAAUCAUUUUCUGGAAGAUUGCCAGUCUUUCAUGUCACUAUGUCGGAAUUUUGGCGCACUUAUUUUUGCAACUUAAAUUCAUUGAGGUUUGUUUACUUUAGUUUUCCCCGGUCCUUGUCAGGUCCUGGCACAGUAUUUUGUUGUGGUUCAGGUCUGGACUUUGGAUGGACCACAUUGAUUAUUUCCAUUUUUCGUCAUUCUGUUGCAGAUUUGCUGCUGUGCAUGGGAUCAUUGUCCUGUUGCAUAACCACUUUUCUGCCUCACAUUUAACUCUAGAAUACUUUAGUAUACAGAAGAGUUUGUGGUUGACUGCAAGUUCUGCCAAGCCCAAAUCAUCAGCCUCCACCACCGUGCUUGACAGUUGGUAUGAGGUGUUUGUUCUGAUAUAUUGUUUGUUUUUCACCAAACAUAGAGCUGUGCAUUAUGGCCAAAAAGCUCCUCUUCAGUUUCAUGUGUUCAAAGAAUGUUUUCCACUUGUGGUCAACUUGGAGAAAAAUGGCCUAAAUUAUUUGGAAACUUCCCCUCCCAGAUUUAACGGCAGUAACAAUUGCUUCUCUAAGAUCAUUGCUAACAUCCUUUCUUGUCCCCCCCCCCCAAAUUUCGUUAACACACAUCUGAAUGCUCCAGACCUAAAACCUGCUACAACUUGUGCUUUAAAAAGGCGCUCACAGUUUCUGAUGAUCAGUUAACCAAGUGCAUUUGAUUGUCAGCACCUGGCUACUACUUAGCAUCUAAAUUCCUAUGGAAGCAGUGAGGGUGUAUUUGGUUUUUCACAGGACUGUAGCUUAGUAUUACUCCAUAAAACACACAUGCAACAACUGUGGUUUCACAAAUAGUUUCUUCUUGUGCUUUGGUAAGUCUUCUGAGUUUCUUCAUCAGGUAAACUGCCAAACACAAUGAUGAUGGUGUUGUGUUUUUUUUUUUCUUUUCCCAAAUGCAAUAUGUGGUUAACCACCAUAAUACCAACACAAUACCAACACUGGCUGCUAUUGUGCAGUAGGUUGAAAAUCAAUCACAGUAAGCUUUGUUUCAACAGUUUUGUAGUCAUCAUGUGUGAUGCAAUUAUUUAAGAAAUAAGUGACAGUGUGUUGUCAGGAUGAAAGUUAUUUUGUUUGAUAAUAACUUAAUAAUGUUAUAGAAGACUCUGUUUUUACUACUUAAAUUUAGACUUUUUUUCCCCAUCUGAACUUGUUAUCCACAUCUUUGUUCCCUCCAGAUUAUGUGUUUUAAAUAUGUAUCAUUACUCUUUAUUAGUAGGAUAUUUGAUUUCAUAUUCUGGCAAAAAUUAAAUAAAUUAGAAAAUAUGCAUUUUUUUUCCACUAGUGAUGUAAUUAAUAAAACAGUAUGUCCUACUAUUCGUGGGAAAGUGGUUUAAUACUGGGUGGGUGGUUGUCAUAUUCGGGAUUACUCAAUUAGCCAAGUACUACCUUCACUGUAUUUUUUUUUAAUUUUUUUAAUUUUUUUUAAAUACGUGGCAGUAACCAAGAGUUCUGAGAAGUUUAUGGACAAAUACAUUGUAGCAUUGAAGAGUAUGAACACAUUGGCUUAUGCUCUACACAAGUAAGUGGUGGUGGCAGCCUGUCAAAAUGCAUUGUCCGGACAUGCCUUCACAGCAUCAGGAUCAUGACAGGAGAAAAAUGGUGGGCUUGUCAGAGAGGUUAAUGAAAACAGGGCAGAAGCGAUUGUAACACAACAUUCCUUUCUAUGGGCCACAACCAUUAAAAUAAAAAAAGGCAAAAAAAAUUAUUUAACGACUUAAUUUGUUAUGCCAAUGUAAAUGUAGCUAGGUGCAGCAGAAUUUGUUUAAAUUACAACUUUGAUUUUUGGGUUAUGUAAUACCAGUCACCUGUAUGCAGUGUGACAGAUGCACUACGUAUAUGGUCAUGUAUACGUAGUGCAUCUGGCUCAUACGUAUGUGCUGUAUCUUGUUGGUGGUGGUAUUUUGGGCUCAUGUGACUUUUCCCAUGUAAUUACUGCAGAAGGAAACCUUGCAAAAUCAUUUCACUUAUGCGCAUGCACUUGUCUACUCAUGCAUCAUUCCUGCAUACAUAUGCCGACAUGCUACAUUCAUAUUGUGCACAGGUUUGUGACAAGUUUUGUUCAACUUGCCAAGAGGCUUUUGGGGUCAAGUCUUUGGUAUUUUCCUUUUGAUCCUGUGCUCCCCCCCCCCCCCAAAUCUUAGCCUUCAAUGAUAAACAUAAAUAUAAAAACAUAAUUCUCAGUUUUGAAAUAUGAGCCAAUGUGUGAUAACAUGUUGAAGAAUACUAGUGCUGCUUUGAAGAAAAAGUCACCACGAGGUACAAAUAAUUACCUUUUGUAAAGGAUUUGUGGUACACCAAGGUUUGCCUGACAUAUUUUUUUCAAAUAAAAACAAAUGCAGCAGAUCACAAAAUAUGCAAGUUACUACUAACUUGCAUAUAGUCUGUUCUGUGUAACUGCUUUGAUUCUUUCACUGUUCAUACCGAGACUGCUGACUUUGACUGGCUCUAAUCUCUGGGUAGCUUUAGCGUUAACCAUGUUGCCUAUUUUAGCUUCUUUAAAAUGUCCAGUGUAAGUAUAAAACUAGGUCAUUGUUAGUAGGGGGUGGUAAAAAUAACAUGGAGUGAGAUUUUAGUACAAUGUUAUAAACUGAAGCCACAUACUGAUUUUUAUUUAUAUAUGUUCGAACUUCAUUGCUCAGGUAUAAACCUGUAUUCAUUUAUGCCUUAAUAAUACUGCUUAUUUUCUAAUUUCUCCAUGUUGGCUCAGAAGCGAGACAAACACUCAAAAGAGUUGUCUCUCGGUCUCUGUUGCUAUGGAGUCCCUGGUAGCCUACAUGUAGGUCGGUUGUAAACAUUUCAGGGUUGCUGUAGAUGGUUUGCUGCAGUUGCCCGUCGAUUAAGCUUGUGCUCCUCAUUGCAUUUUGUGAAAUCCCACAAAGUCUUUGCAGCCUGAAAUUUUUCAGCAAGUAGGUUGCACCACUGCUCGGUUUCUGCAUGACAGGAUUCCACAUGACAAUACCACUAACCUGUUGAGCAGGAUGCACUGCAGCAAAGGGUCUGGAGCACAGUAAACAAGACGGGGAGAGUGUAGGUGGAGUGGAGGAGGGGGACAGAAGUGAGUUAAAUCAGUCACUCGGCUAAAAAACCAGUGCCACGCCCAAGGUGCCAGGGCUAGUAAGAGCAAGCAGGAGGAAUGUGAGGGAAAUGAAUGGGAUUGUAAGUCCUACCAUUCACAUGAGUCAGUGUAUGACCUUCUUCCCAGAGAGCUGCAGUUGCCUUCAUCCACUCAGCAAAGCCCAAAAGUCAUGAGUCAAAAGAGCGGCGGAGAGGCAGGGCCUCUCCCUUCAGCUUCUCUAGCAUCAGAUGCCUCUUCUCUGACCAUGGAAGGCCCUCGCAGUGCUUUUUCCACCUCUUCCAGCUCCACCAUGCAUUCCAGUAAUCUAACCAAUGACCAGAAACCAGUUAAAGCCAGUAAUGUUGAUCCAGACGACACCAGGAGUACCAAAGUGGUACCAGAGGCUGCUGGAGCAGAACGUGGAAAUGGUAACGGCAGGGGCAGCGGCGAGCUAACAGGAGGAAAAGGUGUAACAACCCAGGAAGGCCCACUGCAUCACCCACUGACUCCAUCAAAGCGUCGCACCGUACUGAACAUCUCGCCACCUCCAGAAGAUUUGUUUGAUGACAGCCAAAUGUCCUGCCAAGAUGAUGGGACCCAGGAUACAGAGCAAAGUAACAGCAUCUGGAUGGAUGAAUCUCUGUCCAACUUCAGUGUGACGAGCACGUUGUCUUACAAUGACAACACAGAGGUGCCACGGAAGUCCCGCAAACGUACCCCCCGUCAAAGGCCUGGCCCUAAGACGGCGCCACCAGGGGAGGGCAGCAUGGAUGUGUUUGAUGCAGACAGUGCCAAAGGCCCGCACUUUGUCCUGUCGCAGCUAGGCCCUGACAGCAAGGGAGGACAUAAAGGAAGUUCUGAUGAACCUCAGACUACUAUUCAGAAAGGAGGAACUCUCUCGAUGCAGUUCCCACAAAAGAGUGAGGGGAAAGAGUUGAAGAUCCUCGUCCAGCCUGAGACCCAACACAGAGCCCGCUAUCUGACUGAAGGCAGCAGAGGAUCCGUGAAGGACCGCACUCAGCAGGGCUUCCCUACUGUAAAGUUGGAGGGAGUGAGCGAGCCAGUGGUUUUGCAGGUGUUCGUUGGCACCGAUGCCGGCCGCGUGAAGCCUCAUGGGUUUUACCAAGCCUGCAGGGUUACUGGUCGCAACACCACAGCCUGCAAGGAGGUUGAUAUUGAAGGCACAACUGUUAUCGAAGUGUCCCUGGAUCCAAGCUCCAACAUGACCCUAGCGGUGGACUGUGUUGGGAUCCUGAAGCUCCGCAACGCUGAUGUAGAGGCUCGCAUUGGGGUGGCCGGAUCAAAGAAGAAGAGCACACGUGCUCGGCUCGUGUUUCGGGUCAACAUCCCCCGUCCAGAUGGUUCAGUGCUUACACUACAGACUCCCUCAUCUCCAAUCCUGUGUACCCAGCCAGCAGGAGUGCCUGAAAUACUGAAAAAGUCACUGCACAGCUGUUCAGUGAGGGGUGGAGAGGAGGUCUUCAUCAUUGGAAAAAACUUUCUUAAAGACACCAAAGUCAUAUUUCACGAGAAUGCCUCUGAUGAGAAGUCAUGGAAGGCAGAGGCUGAAAUUGACAUGGAGCUUUUUCACCAGAAUCACCUGAUAGUAAAGGUUCCUCCCUACCAGAACCAAGUCAUCACAUCUAAAGUGUGUGUAGGAAUCUACGUGGUGACGAAUGCUGGGAGAUCCCAUGACGUUCAGCCAUUUACUUACACUCCAGAUCCAGCAACAAUCGAUGUUCCUGUGAAGAAAGAGUUGCCUUCUCCAGUGAAGACGUGUUCUUUUGAUGAGCAAAUUAAAGUAAAGAGAGAAGAUGUCACUCCAAUGGAGGUGACAAGCAACCUUCAGUCUUCAGGAGUAUUUAAGCAGACUGGUGAUCUGUGCCCAGCCCAGCAGAACUCUGAUAUGACGGCAGGACAUCUAAAUAAAAACAGAGUAUUCUCCAGCAACCUGUCUCAGCCUGCAGGUGAUCCUGACAAAGGCCAGGCGCCUGUUUUUACCAGCGCUGAGCCCUUAAGCACCAUCCAGAAGCAGGACAUUGUUGCGGGCAGCUCAUUCUCUGUGCCUGCAGACUCUCUGCUUCAGCAAGGAUCACAGCAGUUCCUUUUGGAGACCAGAGAUGGCCUCAGGCAGGAGAGGCCAGGUGUCAGUUCUGGAGCUGUGGGAAGGUUGUGUGGGGAACCUGCAUCUCAACCGCAGCAGCUGCCACUCUUUCCUCCAGAUGAAGUAGCCCAGCUGGAAGAAGCAGUGAGACAACUAAAAGCCAAAGGAUACUGUAACUUAUCACUUCAAUCUGACAACCCUAUAACCAAACAGCAGCAGCAACACAUCCAGCAUCAGCAACAGAUCCAAAAACAGCAAAUUCAGCAGCAGCAACAGCAGCAGCAGGUUAUGGAGAAUCUGCAGCAGCAGCUGUUUCAGUCACAGAUGCAGAUGCACUGUGCCAUGUUUCAGGAUGCAUCCCAGGCCAAGAAUGGAGAGCUUCAGGUCUCAUCACCAGGUGUGGUGACUAACCAGGGAUCACUUUUCCAGCCGGACCAGCAACAGCAACAACAGCAACAACAGCAGCAGCAGCAGCAACAGCAAGCAGCUCUUUUUCAGCAGGCAAAUGAUCUUCUUUCUAUCCAGACAAACUUCCUCCAGCAGACCCCAUCUCACUCUUCACCACCGAUGUUUCACAAUCCCAGCACUCUGGCAGAAACGCAGGAUCCACAGGGGGCGCUGUUUCAAAAAGCCUCCCAGGAACAGGUCCAGGCUGCACUCUUCCAAAGCACCAUGACAGUGCUACAGUCUCCAGAGCAGCAAGCCUCAUCCCCUGGACUCUUCCUCCCCCAGACCUCUAUGUCCAAUCAGCUUUCAAACAACAGUUCCCAGCAACAGCAGCAGCAGCAGCAACAGCAGCAGCAGCUGGCCUUCCUUAGCGCUUUACAAUCUUCUUCCCCUGAACCACAGUCAGUAUUUCAGACCCAGAUCUCCCCCAUCCAGCAGAGAAGCCCCAUGGAGCAGGAGCAACCAUCUCAGCCUCAACACCACACACAGCCAGCCCAGCAGGCCACCCUGUUUCAGAACAUCUCCCCACAUUCAUCUACAAAUUCACUUUCUCCAGGCCAGCAGCAGCAGCAACAGCAGGCUGGCUUGCUGUUUUGCAGCAACACACUUUCCACACCAGACCAGGGCUCUAGCAUCCUUUUCAGUAACCAAGGCCAAAUGCCUCCUUUGACCAACAACAGUCUAGUUUCUCAAGAGCCCCAAAACACCCCUCUGCCCUUUUCUCAAGCCAACAUGGUGACGGUAACCCAGCAAGAUCGCCCAGAACCCAUGACCUUAGGGAACCCUACUGAACCACCACAGCAAGCCAUGUUUCAGGAGCAACAACCUAUGCAGCUGGGGAACAGCAGCAACAGAGAGGAGCAGCCUGUGGGUCUCUUCAUGCCUCAGUCCACUAUGGCCUCUCUGCAGGGGGGUCUGGCCGCUCAGGAGCUUGCACAAUCAGCCGUGUUUGCCUCACAGAAUGGCGUGGCAAACCUCCAGACAACUACGUCCUCCCCUGUUCAACAGCCAGGAUCUCUGUUUCAAACAGCUGUGAGUGGGAGCGUCAAUCAAUCCAGCCAGCCUCAACAAGCUGGCCUCUUCCUUUUCGGUAUCCAGAACGAAUGCGGCCAGUUGAUGGAAACUCCUGGAAACACGCUGUCAGAUCAGAUAAUAGCAAUCAGCCAGUCUGGUCAGAACCAGAGAGAGAGUGAAGCGCACAUCCAGUCCCUGCUCAGCCAGUCCCUCUCUCAGUCUGGCACUGUGCCGAACACCAUGUCUGCCUCUCAGAACAUGGAGAAGAUUGACGAUCUGCUGGUCAGCCUGCAGGAGCCGGGCAGCAACAUAACUCGUUCCUACUAAUUGAAUGCAGGUUUAUAACUUUUUCUUUCUUUAAAAAGUUUUAUAUGUGGAAAGAUUGUAAAAAUUUGUAGGUCCAAAUAUUGUCUCUUAGGAAUUUUAUGUAAGUUAAACCUUUAAAAUUAACCCUCAGUGAUGUGUUUAUUUGUGGUCACUUCAUGUUUUGUUUUUUUCUGAACUAUAUGCAUAUGAUUUGGUCUUCUUUUAAGGGUGUGUUAGGAAAGAACAGUUAAGAUGAGCUAAAGAUUUUAUAGUGAUCAUGAAGAUAAAGUGGACAAAUUAAUAUUCGGAUAACUAAAAGAAAUGAAACAUAAACAUCUCUAACUCAAUGACUGAAUGGCUGAAAAUGGCAAUGGACUCCAGAGAAGGAAACUUCCGUGAAACUUUGAAAGAUGUUGAAUUUAGACCUCGGGAAAGACACUAACCAGCAAUCCUUGGAAUUUGUUAGAGUUCUAUCUGUAAGUAGAAUUUCACUAAUGUUAUUUGCGGUAUCUUUUAGCUCUUGUGGUGUUUUCACAAAUCACAUUCUUUUUUUUUUUCUUUCCUUUUUUAAAAACUUUUGUAUUUUGGUUGCACGGAGCAUGGAUUGUGUGACACAGUGAGAGGAGUGCGGUAUGUAGGGGUUGAAGGGGUUUUAGUUCAAGGACCACAUGAAAUCAGUUUGAUUUCAUUUCAGUGGGUGUUAGGGCAGUUGAAUCACUGAACUUCAACUUUAAAAAGUUUAAUAAACAUAAGUUAACGAAUCCUCCAUUUUUCAAAAAGAAAACAAGAACCAACAGUCUGAGAUGUUUUUGGUUUAACCUCAGUGUAGCAUGACAGGCCAUGAGUUAUUUCUUUUUCAAGAGGGAGUUGGUUUAGACAGCCACUCUCAUUAGUUGGAUGAUUUUUAAUUACUUUUAACUACUGCUAUUAAAAAAAACCAACAGACUGAAGAGACCAAAGAUUGUGCAAGUUCUACAGUUUGUUAAAGUCUUCGAGUGGGCUGAAUUGGCUCCUCUGCCCUCAUGUUUGACACCCCUGGUAGGUAGCUUCUGUUGAGUCAUGUGAUCCAACAGUGUAGAAAAUGUGAAAGAAGGCUGGAGCAGGCAGAGAAAUGAGAGACAAAGGAUGAGCUGUAAAAACGAAUACACACUAAUCUUAUGUAAUAUCGCAAUUAAGUUUUGUUUGUUUGUGGGUAAUAUUUCAUUGUUGUAGCAGCAAGCUUGCACCCGAUAGUGUAAAUAAAUCCGCUUUAGUUGUCUUUGUCACAAAGUGACUUUGGUUUCAUCGAUGAUGGAAGCUCAGAUGCUCACUAGGUGUGCUGUACUUUUCUGUGUUAUAUUUUGCUGCAAAUCAGUCUUGUCAAGGCCAGUUGAAUAGACUGAUGACUAUAAACUAAAAUAUUUGUAGUUCAAGCAAAGCUCGUCAGUGCAGAUGUGAAACACACACCAGUCAGCCACAAUAAUAAAACCUUCAAUAGUUUAAUGCAGUUUAUCGCCCCGCUGGGAGAACUUGGUUCCUGACAUUCAUGAGGAUAACUGGACCUGUUGUUUGACCAGC